AUGGCUAUCUGGGGGGAAGAUCCCACGGUAGAUAGAACUUUCGCGAACCACAAUGCCAACGAGAGUGCCCCCAACCUUGACCACCGUGACCUUCCAUCUCAGAACUUGGAAGACGAUGGCGUUCCUCCAAUUCAAAGCACAGUCCCGGCAGUGCCAUGCGAGCAGGCUACAGCUGUGCUGCCGCUGAUACUAGAUGCAAUUACGGCGGAGAGCCAAUUGAAAGGCUCGCAGCUUACCGAGGAUGAGAGGGCUGAGCUGCAGGAAAAGCGCAACAGCUUUCAACAAGUCAUCCAAUCUACGGAAGCGGACAUCAAGAAAGAUGACGGAGAUUUGAUGGACAUUGAUACGAAGGAACAUGCUGCGUCAGGUUCCAAUGGCCACGCCCCCGAUAAUCGCGCGUCAUCGAUACCAUCACAGCCUGUGCCGCAGCACACAUUGUCCCCAAGUGGAGAUGAGACGGCGGCGGAGCAGGAACCAGUGGAUGCGUCCAAUGGGCAGGGGCAUGGACAUGGUAAAAAAACAGCACUUCCUGAUCCCGAUACCGCAAUUGCAUCCGUCGAAGGACCAGAUUGGGACGAAAGCUCGCAUCUGGACGACGAUAACGAUGUUGGAUUGCUAGUCCGAUUAGAUAAUUUAUCAAAGGAUGGCCACUCGAACGGCGUUGCAGAUGCGUGGUUCAUGAUGCUCGCAGCCGAGAAGCUGAUUGUUCGAUACGGGCCAAAGCGAGCGGGCAAGUAUGUCAUCCAAUCCGGCAAAGGACACAAUUUCGAUGGUCUUCAGCAAGUGUCCGAUUCAAAGUCGCGGCUUUGCUCCAUCAUGGACAGAGACAAACGGGGCAUAAAGCACCGUCGCUAUGGCCCCGAGAAUAUCGGAGGGAUUGUUGGUGUAGCCAUUCUGGAGAGGCUCCCUAUUACGAAAACCUCUAAGGCGCCAACGACCUAUGUCAAGCUCAAGUGGACUAACAUCAAGGAGGAAGACAAACACUUAUGCCGAGGUGGCACCAAUUGGAUCACACGAACAGAUCUCAUCGAAUUAACCAAUGAGGAACUGGCUACGUCAAAAAUCACGCAGGCCUGGGAGAAACAGGAGGCACGUUAUAACAACUGGGAGCAAGGGCUACCUAUAGGAACUCCAAACCGUUCGCCCACGCCAUGUCUACUGGACAUUUUGCAAAGAGCAAAGCAGGCGGAAGAGUCGGGUACAAACCGUGGGGGUGCGGCAAGCCACCCAGCCAACAAUAUGCAAAGAUACAUUUCGAAAGCUCCUACCAUGAAAUUUCCAAGAGAAGUGCUUGAUCGUAUUCUCUUCUUCGUGCCACCCCUGUCUCGAGUUGACUUUUCAAGAAUGACAGAUGGCUUGAAGAGGUGA